AUGAUGUUUCAAAAAGAAAACACCCCAUUUCACCCUCCACCACAACUUCAACUUUCAAACCACAAAUUUCCAUCAUCAUCAUCAUCAUCUCAAAGUGUAGAAUUACCAAGUAAGGCAAAUAACUUAACACACAAGAAUCAUCAUAAGCAAUGGAAGAGCAUGUCCUUAUCAAACGGCAAAGGAAAAACACAUGCCACCCCGGAUGAAUUUGAUCUGAUACCGAGCAAAAAUGAGAACAAGAAACAACAAAGCUUCCAUAAAAACGAAGCUAUUAUGAAAGAGGUUCGAAAGGGUAGCAAGAAAAUGGAGGAUGGUGAUGGAUUGAAAUGCUGUACAUUUGGAAUCUGUCUUCCAGGUUUUGGUAAAGUAAAAGCAAUAAAAGCAAGAAAAAGUGAAACCAAAGUGGAUUGUUCAGUGAAUGUGAUGUCUAGUACAUUUUCAUUUUCUUUUGAAACCUUUGACAUUAAUGCACAAGGAAGAAUAGUUCGUGAAGAUAAUAAUGAAGAUGAUUCUAUCAGUUCCUACUUUGAACUUCCGGAAACUAUGAUGUGA